AGUUGAGAAAGCACGUUUGUCUUAAUGUAAAGUGUAAGCAUUAAUAUAAUGCACAAACUUAGUACAUUUUGAUCAGCAAGAGGGUAGUUUUUACUCUCUGUAUAUAACGUUUGUUUUUAAAUAUGCCAUAGUUGCAGUGGACUAGUUGCAGUGACCACCUAAUGAUUAGAAGCCAUUAUAAAAUUCAACAGGUAAUAACAUUGUCUUCCUGAUAAUGUGUCCAAAGUCCAAGGUAUCAACAUUGAAGACAUUCAAGAUUAGGAUUUCCAAACUACGAACAGAAUCAAGAAAUCAUGGAAGGAUCAGAGGUUUUGCAACAAUCUACUAAAAGGAAAGGGAUAUCCCUUACUCUGCCAGUAACACACACUCUGGACUGAAGCUUUUCUUCUUUACUGCAUCCUUUAUCACUCCCUUUGCUUUCUGGCCCAUGACAUCUUUUGGCAUUUAUCUGCCCCACCCUCUACCCUAAACCAGACUCUUUCUUUUGUACUUCAUCCAAGUGUCCCCUUUCUACUUCCCUUCCCUUCUGAAGAAGAGCUGAAAUGGUAACCAUUUAUCUCCAUAAAUGCUGCCGGAUCUCGACUGACCAGAGUCCUGGCCUUUGCUAUUCUCGUGUCAACAUUUGGAUCUUCCUUCCAGUAUGGUUAUAACGUUGCAGUUAUCAAUUCUCCAGCUACGUACAUGCAACAGUUUUACAACCAGUCUUACUUUGAUCGAUACGGGACAUACAUGGAUAAUAGCUUUCAAACUGUGUUGUGGUCUCUCACUGUCUCCAUGUAUCCACUUGGAGGGUUUUUUGGAUCCCUUAUGGUUGCCCCACUGGUAAAUACAUUGGGCAGAAAGGGCACUUUGCUAUUCAACAAUAUAUUCUCCAUUGUGCCAGCGAUACUGAUGGGAACAAGUAAAGCAGCAAAGUCUUUUGAAAUAAUAAUAUUUGCAAGAAUUAUGAUUGGAAUCUGUGCAGGUCUCUCCUCCAAUGUGGUCCCUAUGUAUUUGGGCGAGCUUUCACCAAAGAACCUUCGAGGUGCCAUCGGUGUGAUGCCCCAGCUCUUCAUUACGAUUGGCAUCCUGAUUGCUCAGAUAUUUGGAAUAAGAAGCAUUCUCGCUAAUGAGAAAGGCUGGCCAUUACUUCUGUCACUCACUGGAUUCCCUGCCGUUGUGGAGCUCAUUCUAUUGCCUUUUUUCCCUGAAAGUCCAAGAUUCAUGUUGAUCCAAAAAGGCAAUCUAACUGGAGCAAGAGCAGCUUUGAGACGGAUAAGAGGCUGGGAUGACGUGGAUGAUGAAAUAGAAGAAAUGCGUAUGGAGGAUCAGUCAGAGAAAGCUGAAGGCCACAUGUCAGUACUGAACCUCUUCUCGUUCAGGUCAUUGCGAUGGCAACUGGUAUCCAUCAUUAUUCUAAAUAUGGGGCAGCAGCUGUCUGGAGUUAAUGCAAUCUAUUAUUAUGCUGACAGCAUAUAUCGAUCAGCAAGGGUGAAAGAAAAUGACAUUCAGUAUGUCACUGUUGGAACAGGAGCUGUUAAUGUGUUCAUGACCAUAGCAGCAAUUUCUAUAGUAGAAGCAUUAGGACGAAGGAUGCUUCUCCUGGUUGGAUUUGCGAUUUGCUGCAUUUCAUGUGCAGUGUUAACCAUGAGUCUAAACCUUCAGGAUAAUGUUGAUGGAAUGCCUUAUUUAAGCAUAGCCUGCAUAAUCAUUUAUGUUAUUGGGCAUGCAAUUGGACCCAGCCCUAUCCCAUAUGUGAUAACAACAGAAAUGUUUCGUCAGUCUUCCAGGCCAGCUGCUUUCAUGGUGGCAGGGUCAGUGCAUUGGUUAUCCAACUUCAUUGUUGGUCUUAUUUUUCCAUUUUUAGAGAAAGGGCUCGGUGAAUAUAGUUUCAUCAUCUUUGGAGGCAUCUGCCUGGCAACGUUUGCCUACAUCUUUAUCAUCAUUCCCGAAACAAAAAGCAAAACAUUCCUGGAAAUCAGCCAAAUGUUUGCAAAGAGGAACAAAGUUGAAAUUAAAUUGGAAUCAGAGCACCUUGAAUUGCACGAGACGAACACAGAUGAACACAAGGAAGUGAAGAGCACAGCAAUGUAGCCAAUUUCAAGAUGUCAUUUGGGUGAGGAGUGGUAUAAACAACCAGUACAAGAGCUUGUCUCUAUCAAGUUUGUCUUGCAUUGCAGAAAAUGUGCUAACUCAUUGAAAAAAAUUAGGUCUGUUAUUAUAAUGGACCGAUGAAUUGUUAAACUUCCUUCCCUUAACCUUCCAAUUCUCUACCUCUCCUGGAUUCUGAACAAUGUUCUUUAAAACCUACCUCUUUGACUAAACGCUUUGGUCACUUGUCCUGGUGUCUCCUUUGUUGGUAUUGUCUGACUUUGCUCCUGUGAAAUGACUUGGGGUGCUUUAACACAUUAAAGGUGUAUUUAUAUGUGAGAUGUGUUCAUUGCACAGCAUGAUGACAGUCGAUUCGCUUGUGUUAACAUUGUGCUGUAGUUCUGUGUUUGCUUAGUGAGAUCAUUGAUAUGAUUCAAAUUGAGAUUAUAUUUCCAACGUCUUAUCAUGAAUUGAAGUGACGGACCUUAAAUAAUUGUUCCAAAUAGAGUGGAAGGAACAGACAAUGUUGUAAGCACUUGGACUUAUUUUACUCUGUUAAUGGUUCUACCUAAUGCAAGUUGUUGUUUCGAUGCAGUUGCGAAGAUGUGUCAAUGUACAACCAGGAUCUAACGAAGGCAAUGGUUGACAUUUUCUAAUAGCACCUGUUCCUACAAUCGUUUUAUAAUUCACUGCAUCUCUACAAUAUAUAGAAAUAGUGGUGUUACUGACAAAUAUAGGAGCAGGGCCAGGCCAUUUUGAUUUUUUUGUUUCAUUGGAGGGUCCAGUUAAGCUGUCUAUCACCGGAAACAGGAGGUGUAUAAGUUACUCAUCGGAGGGACUUUGGUGACCAAGUGGCAGAAAGGUCAGAUUGUAAGAUCCCCAUGUUCACUUUGCAAAUCAAGCAUGUUCACGACCAUCAGACAGGUACGGCUGAAUCUUACUUAUUUUUGGCCAAGUGUGAGUUGAGUCAGAUUUUUUCACCCUCAGGCCCAGCAAGUUUUCUCACCACAUCUUGUCAAACUCACCCCUAUUAUCUAAAUGCCCUCUCUGUAUGGCAUCCCUCACAUUCAAUUCCAGCUCCAAUUUAAUUCACACCACUCCCGGAUCAACCCGCGACUAAUGGGAUUUCCCGGAAUUAACUGGCAUCCUUUGUGCUGGCACCUUCUUUAGUGGUCUGUUGCACACUGGGAAAGGCACUGCCAGUCUGGAGCUGCCCUGCACAGUUCCUGACAUUUGCCCCAGAUGUGGCAGAAAGGAAGAAAUCACAUCCUGCUUUCUGGGAGGUAUCCAGAGAUCCUGCUGGAUAGGGUGGUGCAGAGAUGGAACUUCCACUUUCCUCAGGACCAGCAUUGAGGGGCGCAACACCAAACAACAUCAGACUGGGUCAGUACAGUUUCAGCCACCUGGAGGAAUGUACAGAUUUGUCAGAAGUAUGUCCUUCUCCUCUUCACCAGUCUACCACACAUCUCUCUGCUACUGCACACUCACUCUUUCUCUACCACUGCACCCACUUCACACCAAGGGCUCUUGCUUUACCACUCUCACUAUUGCCUGCAACAUCUCUUCCACUCUCUCACACUCCAAUCCCCCAACACCAAUCUUUGCAGCCCACUCAAUCGGGAUUCCCCCCUCCGUGCCCCCCAACUGCACCAACUGUAAUAGCUGUGCCACUCAAUUUCAUCUCCCAUAAUGGCUGUCUCUUUGUCUCUCACUACUGAAGGUGGUUGCUCCCCCACAGGACAAACAGAAUCAAGAAGGAUGGUGGACUGCCCAACAUUUUCCUCCCCACCCCUCAUGUGGAGAGCAUUCUGAUUCUGACCACCCUGAGUGCCUGACUGACUGGGUCCAAGCCCCUAGACUGGCAACACAGCCUGCCUGUGGUUUACUGUUAUCAACACUCCUUGAGUAAAGAUAGUUCCCCUUGUCUUGACUGAGGACUGCUGACAGUCUGGAGGACUGCUGACAGCCUGGCUUUAUGUCUGCGCUGAGUGACAUAGCAAGGCAGAAGUAGUUUGAGACUGGUAUCUCUGACUGAGGGGGCAAAGUGCACUACGGCGAGGUAAGGCAACACAAGGCAGGGAUGUUGUGAGCAUCCGGAUAAGGCUCAGAGUGAGUGAGCGCUGUGAAAGCAAGCAAACAGCCUAGAGUCACAGCCUGGUCCAGUCCCUGUGUCUCUGAGCACAUGGUGUCCUUUCAGUAGUAUUACAAUGAGGUGCAGCGCAGAAACGACCUGUAAGUAGAUCAUAGAUGUGCUGUGAGUGUCCCCAAAGGCUGGUGCAUGUCAUGACGAGGGACCACAUUUUUAAGGUGAGAGGAGAAAGAUUUAAAAACGACAUGGGGCAAUUCUUUUUACACAGAGGGUG